AUGCCAUCGGGCCAGAUCGCGCUCACUAGUUACAUACUUCUUGCUAUCGACGAGUAUGACAGCAUCCAAGAUAAUCCGAAGCGUGCCUGGGCAGCUGCACACGAGUUCUUCCAUGAUCCCAAGAACAUCAAGCAGCUAGGAUUCAAGACUCUGAACGUCAACACCCCCCGACCGGACACGCCGAACGCUCCACAGGUCGUGUUCACCACAGAGAUUGCUCGACUCCUCGCUAUGCAGAUGUCGUCGUACGAGGAACUGGAGAUCGACUUGAGCAACGCAGCUAAGCUGGAGAGCCGGGUUUUCAAAUCGCUGUUCCUGCCAGAUGUCACCUCCUAG